UUAAUAACCUGACUACAAGUACAUGUUAUCGACCGGCAAACUAUUUUUAAAAACACAUUGUUUGGAUUUGAAUGGAGGAUUUUAUAAAAAGGAACGCUAUAACUUAAAAAAAGAAAAGUUUUGCUAAUAUGGCCGCUGUGAGAAAUCUUAGACGGAACGAAAAACACAAAAAUUAUAUCUGUGCUCUCGUAGCAGUGAACAAAACAGGAGAAGCUUUAGAAAGUGUUACAGAACAUGGACUUCAAACUGUUCAUAAUCAAAUCCAACAAAAUUUAAGACAUCUAAAUCUACCUCAAUGCGUUCAACAGUGCAGUGUCAACAUUCAUGAUCGGAACAGAUGGUGUCAAACAUGCAGCAAUUGGCGCAUUCAUCUGGACAAUUACAUCUUACAAGGUCGGAGGCGAUUUAGGGUACGUUGGUCAGAAAUGAAAUCUUGGACGUGGCCAAUGAAUAGCCUAAAUAUAGCAGAGGUUUUCUCUACGGACUUGAAUGCAAAUAACUUGAAAGAUUUGUCAACAACGCUCCCGAUCUGGAAGAGGUGUUCAGUCUUUCAACGGCAGGUUGUCCAAGCGGCUGAUCACCUGAGAACAUCUCGAAAUCAGCUAGUGCACCAAUACAAUGCAAAAAUGAAAAUUACAAAUGUGAAGAAAAUUGAAAUAUUUCAGAACAUAAGUAAUGUUAUCACACAUCCAGAUAUUCAACCUCUAAUACAAAACCACAAUGGUUUAAUACAAACAAUCGGUCACCUUGAACAGGGUGAAUUAUUUCGGUAUGAAACCGAUAUCAUGGAUGCUUUAAGGGAUAUUGGAAUGCAAAAUGCAGACAUUUAUGCCAGACUGGACAGAAAUGCUCUAGGGCUCCAGGAAGCACAAACAAAACUUGAAAACAUUGCUCUAGCAAUGCAAAAAUUAACAAGGCAUGUCUUUUGGCUAGUUGUCAUUGCGAUUAUGUUUGUUCUUUGUGUAUUAUCCUCAUGUGGGUUUUUCUGGUAUCUAAAUACUCCAGCAUGUGUACUUCUGAAGGACACGGGUAUCAGAAAAGACAAACAUACCACUGAGUUACUUAAACCUCCCUACACGCUAGUGUCAACUGAAGGCUGCCUUGUUGAGAACUUAACUUACGUCAACUCCGGAAGGGUUUUUCUGUUUGAAUAUGUUUCACACCACAAAAAUUUUACCGGAAGAAAUUGGUUAUUGAACAUAAUUGAAAACAAGCUGCUGGAGACAACAGAAGAAAAGCAUGGUCUAUUAUUAACAGCCGGCAUGGGAUAUGGGAAGUCAGCACUGCUGAAACAAAUUAUUUGUUCUACAAAGAAUAGCUCUGCAAACAGGUUAAGAAGUCGCCUUGUGGCUUAUCACAUUUGUAGAUUUGAUGUUACUGUAUCUAAAAAGGCAUAUAUAUUUAUUUUCCGUAUGAUAGCAAUGUUUUCAACUCAAAUGCCAGUUAUUGGUGAGAAUAUGAGAGCAUGCCUGGACGUAUUUGAUAGAGAAUUGUGUGAAAGAGAUCCGAAUGGAUGCAUAGAUCAGUGUAUCAUAAUUCCGUUGAAAAACGUCUCACUUACCGGCCAGGAACCAGUUAUUAUAGUCGUCGAUGGAUUAGAUGAGUGCUACAAUACGUACCGCGAUGAAAACGAAAUAUUUGUUCUACUAAAGUACAGAAUUCAUCGUUUUCCAAUUUGGGUUAAAUUUUUAAUAUCAAGUCGACAGGCGUCUGAGUUACAAAAGCUCGGUAAAUAUGUUAGAGUUCUUAAUUUAGAGGAGGACGAUUAUAACAAUAUGAAUGAUAUAAAAUUGUAUCUGCAACAAACACAUAUGAACUUCUCUCAAACAGAGUAUGCAGAACUGAUAAAGUCAAAGGUAUCAAACUUUUUAAUUGCUUCCAGUUUAAAUGAAGGUUUUCAUUUUGAAAGAGGAGACCCUGUUCCUCAAUCUUUGGAUCAUUAUUACGACGAACAGUUCCGAAGGCACUUCAAAACGACAUCUGAUCCUGGGUUCGGCGAUGCGAAACUAAUACUUGAAGUGAUAUGCACAUCUUUAAAAGUAUUAACGGAAGACGAAUUGCAUUAUGUUAUAUUAACUUCAACAGGUAUGCCAGCUGAAACUUAUAAAAAGGCAAAAAUGCAAUUAGAAAUGUUUAUACAUAACACGGGCAACGGACUUUAUCUCAGACACAUUUCCAUGCAGAACUGGCUUUUGAAUUCGGCUAAUGAAGACUUUUUAAUUAAUAAAGCAAAUGGCCACAGGCUACACGCGUUACAGAUAUUCAGACAAAUAGACAAAGGAGACUACAAUUUUGAUGUUGUAGAUCUGGCCAUACAUGUAAGUUAUUCCUUUGAUGUAGGUCUACAGUACAAUUUUUUUAAUCUUUCGGAACCGGAGAUUGAUAGCAUACAAUAUGAGCAAUAUCCGUUGAUAAGUCUAGCUUCGAGAUUAGAUGACUAUAUAAGUGCUGACAUUCUAGCUUAUCAUUUCAGGGACGUUGAUCAUACUGAUAAAAACAAUGUCACAGCUCUUUUUAUAGCCGCAUCUUUGGGCCAUUUGAAUACGUUUGAGGCUCUACUUAAACGAGGUGCAAAUAUAUCAUUUAGAUCUGAGUCCUUUAGCCGUAUUAUAAAUUUUGACCUCGCAUUUCAAGUUUCAUUUGAAUACAAACUUUGGGGAUAUGGCGUGUUAGAUAUCGCUGCUCAAAAUGGACAUCAUGAUCUUGUUGAUUAUAUAAUUGCAAAUAACGGAAUUAUGUUUGACUAUCCCAUGACAAAACUGAAUUCGGCAAAUCUUUUACCAAUUCAUUUAGCCUGUAAGAGAGGACAUUUGAAGGUUGUUAAACUUUUUCAUGAAAACUAUUCUUUUAUGUUAGACUGGCAAUGUCUUUACUAUGGGGCAGCAAUAGGCGAUAUAGAUUUACUAAAAUUCAUAUUUAAAAAUGACAUUACCGACGAGUGUCGUCGUUGUGAAAACUAUCUUCACUGGAUCCAAGAAUAUAAAUUACGAGUACAGGGCCAAAGUAUCAGGGUUGACUCUUACAAAUAUGAAUAUGUUCUCUUUGACGACUGGAAUAAUAUUACGUGUGAAUCAGCAUUGCAUGUUGCUGUACGACAGAAUAGGUUGGAGGUCGUAAAACUGUUGGCAAGUCAGUUCAAAAAUGCUGCUAACUGUAUUGAUAGAGGUGGUAGAACUCCGGUAAUUGCAGCCUUACAAUACGGAUACAAAGAUAUUGUUGAAUAUUUUGCAAGCAAUGGAGGUCUUAAAGGAAGCGAAGCAUGUGGAAAUGUUCUCUAUUUAAAAGAUGUGUCUAAAUUACAUGAAAAUGAAUUAAAAAGACUUCAGCCCUAUUUUUGUGAAACAGGUUUGCCGAUUGUGCAUAUUGCCGCUAAGUUUGAUCAUGUCUGGUUUGGAACAAUGCUGAAAUCAUACGGUUUGGAAGCAAACUGGAAUGAAAAGGACAGGAAAGGAUGUUUUGCCAUCCAUCAAGCAGCUUGUCACAACAGACUCAAAAUGCUGACAUAUUUAAAUGAAAUUUUAAAUAAGAAUGUAAACUUUUUGAAGUGCCAAAAUGGGUCAACACCUUUACAUUCGGCUAUUUCUUGUACUGCAGUUUCCGCUACCGAAGUUUUGUUGCUGAAACAGAAAAAGUACUUAAGUGAAUCGGCUUCAAUGAGAACGUCUUUGUUAAUGCAUGCUGUCAGUAGAAACUUUGGAAUUGAAUUAGCUGUGGAUACGGAAACAACAGAAAGGAAUACUGCAGCAAUAUUUUCAAUGCUAUUCAUAGAUGAAACAGAUUUGAAAUAUGUAGACGAGAGGGGCAGGAAUAUAUUACACAUAGCUAUUUCUAAAGGACAUUUUUAUGUUGUGUCAUAUCUGUAUUCAAAAUACCCAAAACUAUCAGAAACCCUUCAUAAAGAAAAGGAAAUAAACGCUAAGAGGCCAGUACUCUAUAGCAUUGAUAAACUGGAAACGGCUUCAAAUUUUCAUGUAUACGCGGAGUUGUUUUUCAAUUAUAGAGCUUUCCAUACACGCCUAAACUUAAUGGGUGCAAAAGAAUACGCAAUACUGCUAUCAUUAAAAUUCAUAAAUCAAGAUUUUUGCAAUAAAAAAAUCCUCGAAAGAUUAGUACAAAAGCAAUGCCUGCAUGCUGCGAUUCAUGUCUUGACUAAGUGCAAUUAUGAUCAUUUAGAUGGUUCAUCUUUAUCUGUUGUUAUAGAAAAUGAUCGAUAUGGACUUUUAACCUUAACUUAUUACAGCAUACUACUACAAAAGAUAACCAAUUUUUCGAAAGGGGGAAUACGAUCGAACCUGUCCAGAAUGAUUUUUAUAUGUGUGACAUGUGAAGAAAUUAUACAUAAAUGCAACCUGCAUAAAAUAGCAUUAGAAUACCUUAAAAUAACAAAACUUUUAUCAAGCUUGAACUUAGAUAUGAUGCAUAAUAUAGUAUUGAAACUUCUCUUUCAACACCAUCCAUCAUUUUUAUUGAGCAACUGUUAUGAUGCAAUGGGUUUCAAUGUAUUGGAACGUGCUAUACAAGGAGGCUGUCCACAUUUAGUUGAACAGCUUUUAAAAGCAGGUGUUGGCAGUGAACUUGAAAAGGACAGGCUAUUAUACAUGGCGCUUAAUUCACUAGACUACCGUAAAGAAGAAACAUACUUUGCUUACAGCAUGGCGACAAAAGCCGACCUUAUCAAACUGACAUUCAUAAAACAUAGCACGUUUUUAACAAAGUUCGAUCUUGAUAGAGGAUAUUCUAAGAUGUCUAUGGAUUUGGAUAAAACGCUUCUUGUGAGGCUCCUCGAUUCACACUUCGAAUAUUUUGCACAUAGAAAUAGAAAUUUAACCGAUCUUUUGAUAUAUACACUCAUCAAAGCCUACCAGACUGAUUUAAGAAAAGAUCAGAUUUGUUUUCCAAGAAGUAGACGACUUUCUCUUAUUCACAGGUUUGCGUUUGAAGGUCUCCGAAAUACCUUAGCAUUAGUUUUCAAAUUAUGGGGACCAAAUGUUCUUAAAUGCCAAAAUACAGAUGGAUUUACACCUUUGUAUCUGUAUAAAGUCUUACAUAACAAGUCUGAGAUACAUUUCUUAAAAGAAUAUGAUAUGUCGCCUGUGAAUCCACAAAAGGAAGCUGAAAUGUAUUUCUUAUUUAAGCUGUCUGUUAAAUUUGUCUUUUCUGGAAAGGAACGAAGUCAAAUCAAGUGUCUUUUGACGCAUUUUAAGACAGUUCCAAACAACAUCUACAGGUUGAUCAAAGCGUAUAGAUGUGCUUCUAAAUUUUACCGCAUUUCGAAAACUAGCAAUAUGAAACAAAACGUAAAUAGAAUGAAAUGGGUAUUGUCUUUCAUAAUAGAACUAGAUGCGUGGUCGAAAUCCUUUUUCGCAUUUACAACUGUAGAAAACAUCUACCUUUCUAAUAGUAUUCUACAAAGAAAAUUUAUCCAAAUUAUGUUGGCACAAGACAAAUUUGCUCUUGUUACCAAACAGUUUGCAUUUCUGACUAAAAUUCUUGAUGUAGAAGGUCGCAUGUGUGGGUUUCUUCGAAAGUCGUUCAAGAAAAUGAUUUUGUUUCGAUUGGAAGAUAUACAGUCAUGCCCGUGUGUUAAGAACGAAUUGCCUAAUAUUCUGGAAGAAGUGCUUGAAAAUAUUGAAACGUAUCGAUGGGGUACAGAAAACUGUACUGAUGUCUAUGAGAUGUUAAAACUCUGCCCUCACUCUGGCGUUGAUAUGGUUAUCAACACACUCCUAAGGAAUACGCUAAAGUCUCUGAGUUAUGAACUUAUGCAUUUUGCAAUGAAAAACAUUAUAUAUUUGCCAAAUAGUCUAGAUAUCUUAAGUUUAUUUCAUAGAAUUGAAAACAAUUUACAUGUAUGGCUCCAUAUGUAUAAAUAUUACAAUUACAUCAAUGAAUUACAUAAAUCACAGAUUUAUAGAGAAUCAUAUAAGUAUAGAAGUAAAAAUGUAGCAACAUUCGGACAACACGUAGAUAGCAUUUCACACACUGUGCAGUUUUUACAGUGGCAAAGAAAUGCAGAAGAAAUAUUAAAAAGUUUUCUUGAAAGCAAGAAGACAUAGUAAUUUUAUUACGUUGAACAUUUUCCGUUCAAAUUACAGGAAUUAUCAAACAUGUUAAUACAAGAUAUUGUAUCACCAACUCUGAACCCAUAUUACCCUAGUCUGCCGAUUUGACUGAUAAGACUGCUGUCCUACUUUUAUUAUGAGCAUUUUCAUUGCGCUAUUAAUGAAAAACAUAUAUUAGAAAAAAUCUUAUUUCUUUAUUAUACCUCGCCGAAAAGGUGAAUACGGCUCCGUCCGUCUGUCCUUCCGUGCGUCCGUAACACUUUUUUAUGGGUAUGACUACAAAACUAUUGAGAGGAUUUUGUAAAAUCCUCAUAAAAUGAUAAAGGCAAUCAAGACGAUUUGCACUGUAGAAGAACCACACCUAAACCUUGCUUUUUUAUAUUUGGUCGUAACACUUUUGUCCGGAGUAUCAUUAAAGUAGUAGUAUUCUAUUACUGAGACUGUUACUUUAGACAAUUUCUCAAGCUUGUUGCAUUAAAAGACGAGCAUCUUGUCACUGUUUGUUUUUUAAAAAAGAAUAAGUCUUUAACUUAAAGAUUUAGCUGUAAGUGUGGGCAUAUUCAAUUGGUGUAAAUCAUGUAACAUAUGAGAACUUACGUAAUAAUUAUUCGUGUAAUAAUUUAUAUAUGUAACAGUCUCUUUUUAUUCUGAUUGGAAUUGCAAUAUACCUUGUGUAUUUGUGUUUGUUAUAUAAUUACUAGUAUUUCAACUUGAAUGUUAAUGAA